AUGAAAGAAGUAGCACAAAAAUUCGGUUUGAGUAAAUCUGUGUUACACAGACACAUCUCAAAAGUCAUGAGACCACAUGGUGCACCUAGAGCAUUGAAACCAGAAACAGAAGAUUAUAUCAUACAAUACAUAAAUAUCUGUUCAGAGUGGGGAUACCCACUCGACACAUAUGAUUUUAGAUUGUUAAUCAAGGGGUAUCUGGAUAGAGUUGGCAUUGAAGUGAAGAGAUUUAAGGACAAUAUGCCUGGUCCUGACUUCGUCGAGAGUUUCCUAAGGAGACAUAAAGAAGUAAUUUCUAAAAGAAUAAGCCAAAACAUAAAAAGAGCAAGAGCUGCCAUUUCUCCCGAAGUCAUAGAACAGUACUUUAAGCAAUUAGAGAUUUCUAUGACUGGCGUGCCUCUUGGAAAUAUCGUUAAUUACGAUGAGACGAAUCUGUCUGACGACCCGGGUAAAAAAAAUAUCUUGACAAAAAGAGGUGUUAAGUACCCAGAGCGGGUGAUGAACCACUCAAAGUCGUCUACAUCAAUCAUGAUUGCUGCAGCGGCCGAUGGUACGCUUUUACCAAGUUACGUCGUGUAUAAAGCUGUUCGCCUAUAUGAUACUUGGACAAAAAAUGGACCUUAUAAGUGUCGCUACAACCGAACAACUUCUGGUUGGUUCAACAGUAAUGCUUUUGAAGACUGGGUCGAUACUGUGGCACUUCCGUACUUUGAAGAUAAACCAGGCAAAAAACUGUUGAUAGGAGAUAAUCUUUCUUCACAUCUUUCUAUAAAUUUGAUUUGCAAAUGUAAAGAAAAGGAUAUAUACUUUGUAUUCCUUCCAGCGAACUCUACCCACCUGACUCAGCCACUAGACGUUACCUUCUUUAGGCCAAUGAAGACUGCUUGGCGCGACAUCCUAUUCAACUGGAAAAAAUCUGAUGGACGUUCACAGUCGAGUGUGCCUAAGAAUUGGUUUCCUCAACUUUUGAAAAAGCUUUUUCAGCGUAUUGAAAAAAACCAAAAAAAUAACAUAAUAGCUGGCUUUGCUAAAACGGGAAUCAGUCCAUUAAACAAAGAAAAGGUACUGGAAAGAUUACCUGGUAACAAUAUCAGAAAUGAAACUACCAUAGAAGACGAAAAAAAAUCGAUCGAUGAAACAGUAUUAAAAUUACUCUCGGAUAUGCGCUAUGGCAAAGAAAGUACUGGAAACAUAAAAUAUGUUAUGAAAAAAUAG